GGGGGGACUGGGUACAGGCUGAGUGUGUUGUGGGCUGGACUGGAGGCAUGGUAGUUGGUGGUGGUUUGGGACAGGAAAAUAAAACCUAUUGCUAGGCUCACGGUGAGAGGGCUGCUGGAUGCUGGGUAAAUGUUUUUUGCCUGUGCUGUGGUAGGGUCGUGUGGACGAAAUGCCGUUUCAAAUUUAUUCUGUCGUGUUUGUCGUUUACUAAUGAUUUUCUCCUUCACGUGACACAUCAGUAGGGUAUUGUAUGGCUUCCCUUAAAACCACAGGCUAAAAUAGCAUAGGGGGGGCUUCAAGAGCGCCGUUCUUGAAGAUGGUUCUUUUGAAAAAAAACGGGUUCCCAGUACGAUUUUGCGAGAGUAGUUGUACCUUGACUAAAUUGUCGCGUGUUACCUGCUUCCUUCCUUGCCGCGCGACGCGAAAUUCAGGGGAACGUGUUUAAGUGCUCCCUCGUCCUCCUUACCUUCGGCCUCACCCGUCCGCUUGCCCCGCAUGACGCGGAUAGUCAGGCCUCGGAAUCCUUAUGGCCGACCACCGCCUGCGUCCGCCGCCUCUGCCGCCGCUGCUGCCGCCGCCGUUACCGGCGGUGCUGCGGGGAUCGCUGCUGGCGCUGUUGGUACGGGCGUCGCCAGAGGGGCUGGGGUCCCUGGAGGCCUGUCGCAAACAGCGUCGACUCCCCUUGAGCCGUCAUCGGCGACUGGCGACACUGUUUUCCCCGUCGCAAGCGGGCCAGCGACCAAUCCGGCGACGCGAGACUCGUGCGAUUUAAGCAGUCGCACGCCAGCAGCGCGAGGAGGAGGUCCGGUCGCCAGCUCGUCGCAGUCGCGGCCACAGUCGCAGGCGCAGUCGCAGAUGCAGUCGCACGUCGCGUCUCAGUCGCGGGUGCAACCUGCCUUUGCCGGUCCGAGGGGGGAAACGCACAACGCAGAGGGAGGGCAAGGGAGAACGACGGAGGGCGGAAGGGGCGGAGCAGAAUCGACAAGUGGCGUGCGCGCGGGCGAAAGGGCAGAACGUGUUACAGGCGCAGAAUACCAGGGGGAAACGAGCGCGCAGGGGAGAGCGCGGAAGGAAGCAGGCGCGCAGGAGCCGAGUUUUGAGACGCCUAAAAACACGAGCGUAGAGGGGAGGGAGCGGAAGGGGGUAGGGACGCUGGAGGAGGGAGAGGAAGGGCGAGAGGAAGGAGAGAAGGGGAGCGCAUUGGCUGGCGGAAGUGAGGGUGCAGAUGUACGGGAGGCGGAGGAGGUGGAGGUUGUUGUCGGGGUUGCAAAUGACGUGGCGGCUGCAGAUGCUGACGUGGAGGAGGGAGAUUCGUGCGUAACAGAAGACCCUGACGUGGCGGCAGCGUACAGCCGCAUGUUGGAACUGGUGUCUGCGCUGCAGCCACCCGUGAGCACGCACGCCAGCAGCAGCAGCAGCAGCAGCAGCAACAGGGGAGGUUCUAAAGAAGCAGGGGCAAGCGUUGGAGGCGUGUUGGUUGAGGAAUCAGGGAGGCCCGAAGCUCAAGGCCGCAGUGACUCACCUGCUUCCCUUCUCUCCAUGUGCUCUGACGGUGCAGGGAGGCCUGCGCUGAGGCACGGUCGCGCAUGUGGGGAGGUCACGCCUCAACCGACCGUCGAGUCAUCUGUGCUCGCUCACGCCUGUCCUGCUCCAAUCUCUCACGAUUCCAUACGCGCUCCUGAAUCCGGCCCGUUGCUGCUGCAGGACUGCGGCAGGGAUGGAGAGAACAAGCCCCCACGUCUCCCGUGUCUUCCUGAUAUGCUGCAGACUGCGCAAUUGCAACCGCAAUUACAACCGCAAUUACAACCGCAAUUACAAUUGCAAUCGUCCCAGGACAUGGCUGUCAGGGAAGCCCCCCCCCUGUCUGUGUCCCCAGUGGUCUGUGAACUGCCUGUGCUGCCUCUGCCUCCUGUUCUCACCUGUUUAGCCAUGGCCCCGCCAGCAGCUGGCUCGUCCGGUGAUAGCACUGCCACGGCAACCGAGGUUGUGGGUGGCAGUGCAACAGCAGACAUGGCAGCAGCACCAGCAGCACCAGCAGCACCAGCAGCAGCAGCGGCGGCAGCAGAAGCGGCCGUAUCACCCCCAUCCCCUCCGCGUGUCACUUCUCCCAGCAGUCCACGGUCGGACGGCAGCGAGGAGAGGGGAUACAACAGUGCAGACGAAUAUUGCCCUGUUGCAUUUCCAGGAGCAGUGCAGUUGCUCCCGCACCCGCACCCGCACCCGCACUCGCACCCGCAGCAGCAGCAGCAGCAGCAGCAGCAGCAGCAGCAGCAGCAGCAGCAGCAGGGGGAUGAGGAGGAGUUGGAGCGCACGUUUGAGGCGCGGGUGUGGAGCGAGCGCCACCUGCACGUGCACCGCAUGGCGCCGGACGGCAACUGCCUCUUCCGCGCCGUCGCGCACCAGGUGCUAGGUGACGCUGCCUUCCACCGCGACCUCAGGCACCUGUGCCUCGACUACAUGGAGAAGGAGCGUGACCACUUCAGCCAGUUCGUGACAGAGAGCUUCGCUGCCUACUGCAAGCGAAAGAGGCGUGACAAGGUGCACGGCAACAACCUAGAGCUGCAAGCACUGGCAGAGCUCUUCAACCGCCCCAUCCACAUCUUCUGCUACUCCACAGAGCCCAUCAACAUUUUCCAGUCCGCCUAUGACUCGUCCCUGCCGCCUAUCCGCCUGUCGUACCACCGGCGCCGCCACUACAACUCGCUCGUCGACCCGUCGCAGCCCAACACCGGCGUGGGGCUUGGCUUGAGUACGCUGCAGGGCGGGCAGCUGCCCCCGUCCGCAGUGAAGCAGGCAGUGCAGGCGCAGCAGGACGCGGUGGUAGAGCAGGCGCUGCUGUCCCAGGCGCAGGCGUGCUCCGACCGCCAGCUCACCGAGGAGGCUCUGGAGCGCGCUGUUAUCGAGGCCAGCUAUAGGGAGUACGUGCAGCAGCAGAUGCAGCAGCAGCAGCAGCAGAGGAACAGUCUUGUACAGUCACCAGGUUACGUUCGCCCCGUUGCCCAGCCUGCUCACCCUGCCCAACCUGCUCACCCUGCCCAACCUGCUCACUCUGCCCAACCUGCUCACCCGGCCCAGCCUUGGACUGCACAUGGCCAUGGUCACGGAUUUGGCUAUGGUGCACAGGGGUGCCAUUUCUCCGGUUCUUUCCCAGCUUCCCCCUCCGCUCACUCUCCUUCUCCCUGGCUAUCACCCCCCCCGUCCACCUCUGACCCCGCUUCUCCAUCAACAUCGUCAUCAUCGGCGCCGUCGUUACAGCGGCCACCGCCAGCACGCCAUCGGAAUGGAGCAGCAGGAGCAGCAGGAGCUUCCAACCCCUCUUUUCGCUCUUGCUCUCCCUCUCCCCCAUCCAAGCUUCCUCCAACCCAUCCUCCCCACACCGCUUCACCUACCACCAAUGCCAGUGCCAGUACCAGCAGCAGCGGCAGACCAGUCACCCCAGCAACGCCUGCCCUCUGUACUUAUAAGCAACCAUCCACAGGCACUAGCGCUGCUGCAGGUGCAGGUGCUGCUGCCACUGGUUGGGGCGUCUGCACUGAUUUCAGCAGCGGCUGUAGCAGCAGCAAGCCCAGCAAUGGCGUGGGCAGUGGUGGCAGUGGUGGCAGCGGUGCCGGCAGCGCCGGCAGUGGCAGCAGUGCCGGCAGUGGCGAGAUCGGUAGCAGGAGUUUGGACAAGGCAGAACUCGGCACCAGUAGCAGCAGCAACAGCAGUGACUGUCACCAGCAAGAGUGUAACACAUCGUCGUUAGAUGUGCCAGGUCAUCCAACAUGUGCCAGCAUUCUGCUGUCCAUGGGGUUCUUUGAGACAGCCGUGGCACAGGCGGUGAGCUUGUUUGGAGAGGACCUGGAUUCGUGCCUUUGUUUCCUGCUGCAAAUUGGAGCCAAGGCACAUGCCGCGGGGAGGCAGGCGAGUGGGCUUGAUCGCAAGGGGAAGGCUGCACAGUAGGGGUGGAUGUACGUGUGCACACCGUACCUGUUAGAUCGGGUGUUUGCAAGGGAUACAUGAGCCGUUUUUAGGUGCACUCAGUUUGUAAGAAUUCUGCCAAUGAUGAUGGUGGAGGUGGUGGUCUACUGAGGCGAGAAUGGUACCGUGUUUGAAUGUUCAGAGUGUUGUGAUAUAAUUGAUACUUAGCAUUUCUGUAAGUCGAUUAUGUGUAGCUAGUGUCGAAUCAUACUGUAGAAGAUAAGUCCGUAGGAUGACGUUAGCAAAUAGCGCUCGUCAUAGGACAGUCGUUUCAGU